AUGAGUGACCAAAUCCAUAACUAUAGUACUGAAUGGGAACAAUAUCUCUACCAAGGCUUUCCUCAUGAUCAUGACGAUCACACAAAUUUCUACAACACUACUACUAAUUAUAAUGAAGUCCCUUUCGUGUCGAGUCAAAUCGUGCGGGGCAAUAACAGCACUUUGUUGUACGCCUCUUCCAGCCCGGAAAUCGCGAACCCUGUGACCAGCCCAGGAAAACAGAAACGGGCCAGGCGGGCCAAGAACUCGCAAUCGGCCCACCCCACGACCUUUCUCAAUGCCAGCAUCACCAACUUCCGGGCCCUGGUCCAGCAGCACACGGGCUGCCACACGAAUGAACAUUCGGCCCCGAAAGGCCCGAUUACUCUCUGCUUUGCCUCCUCACCGGAAAACACUCACGAGUACUCAAAUCGCGGCCGUUUCUAG